GGGCACAGCUCUGCCGUGGGCACAGCUCCCCGCCGGGCACAGCUCCGCGGAGGGCACAGCUCCCCGCCGGGCACAGCUCCCCGCCGGGCACAGCUCCGCGGGCAGCAGCAGCAGCAGGAGGGGUCGGGUCUCUCGGGCGAUAAGCGCAGCGUGUGGCGACGCAGCUUGCCGAGGAGGGAGGCCGGCGCAGCCCCGCAGGUUCUUUCUCAGGCACUGAAUGGCUUUUCCACCGGCAGCUCCUGAUAUGGCAGCUACUGAGUUUUCUCCGGGUUCCCAGACGAAACACCAGAAGAACAACUUUCAGCAUGGAUCAAUACUUGACAAAGAGGAAAGUUUAAAAGAUCUCUAUGCACAAAAGAACCAAAGAUAUUUCUAUUCUAUGUCUGCAGGAAGCACUCAGGACAGGCUCAGGCAUGGAGGCUUCCAAUCAGGUGCACUAGACAGCAAGGAUCUCAUCAGCCAGGCCUGUACUCUAUCAGCUAAAUCAUUAGGCAGACAUAAAGAAGGAGUGGACCGUGCAUAUCCCCUGCAGCCAAUUUCUCACCACAAGAGUGCAAGAGCUCCGCUGCUCAACACUGGAAGUUCCCCAUAUGUGCAGGAAGCUCCAAAUCAUAGAUCAAGCUUAAUAAGGAAAGGGAUGGUUCCAGCAGGGAGGUCUCAGUUAGCUGCAGUGCUCUGCCCUCGGACAGGAGAGCUUGAAUCAUCAGUUCCCCAUCUAUACAGGAGAGAGCUGGCCUACAUCCUAAAGCUGGAGGCAGAUAGAAGGAACCUAGAAGAGGAAAUUCAAAAGAAAAAGGCCCUUCUUGGACAGAAGCUAAAGAGGACAGAGGAGACACUUAGGAGGAUUCAAAGAGAGAAGGAGCUUACCAAGGUAGAGGAGAGAAGUAAUGUGGAGAGGACCAGUGAGCAAAAGGCCACAAGGCACUCUGGAGAGAAAACUUUCAGAGCUGCAGACAAACUGAGUCCUGGGAUCUUCAGUGGAGCACAGUCUGCAGAGGACACUAUCCCUGAGCCUGGCAUCACUCUCCAUCCCCAAGAGCUGGCUGUGGGGCAACUCAAGGAGUGGCUGGUGACCACAAAAUAUGAUAAAACAAACAACAGCAAAAUACAAGACAACAUACCCAUGGAGCAUUUAGCUUCUGGUUCAAAACUGGCCCCAAAACAUAGCCUUUCUCUCUCUGCCCUCUCAGAACAAGAUUCUGAUGAUCACCCAUCUGCAGAGAUGCUGUGCAUGCAGGCUGCCAGUGCUGUGGAGCAGGAGAGGUUUGGACAGUGCAGCUUCUGCAAACGUAAGUUUCUCUGCACAAGGCUUGAGAAACACAUGAGUAUCUGUGGCAGGAACCAAGACUCCAAGAGGAAAGUGUUUGACUCCAGCAAGGCCAGAGCUAGGGGAACAGAACUGGAACAGUAUCAGCAGAGGAAGAGCUCAAGGAGUCCUCAGAGUAAAACACCACCCAGAAAGAACAACUGGAAGCAGAAGCACGAGGCUCUCAUCCACAUCUUGUCGCAGGCCCGCCAGGUGCAGCAAAUCCCCGCUAAGGGGAGGAAGGUGUCCGACCUGCCCCCAUUGCCUCCCAUCGAAAAUCCAGACUACGUUGCCUGCACCUACUGCGGACGCAAGUUUGCUCCCCGAGUAGCUGAGAGGCACAUUCCCAAAUGCAAAAACAUAAAGAAUAGGCCCCCACCUCCACCACAGAGGAGGCGCUGAUCAGGCAGUGCCCAACUGUACCUGCUGUGUGAUUCCCUGCCUGGCUUUUGCCAGAUUCCCAGCUACAGACAUUUGUUUUCUGUAGUCUCAACACUGGCUGCAAGCUUCUACGUACAGCAAGUGAACAGCUCAGGAUGAAUAAGCUGAAUAACAGAACUUGUAUACUUCGACCUGCACCCUAGGUUGCCCCACAAAAGAUGCCCCUUUCCUCAGCACAAGAAACUCAGGAUCAGAAAUUCCAGGAGUUAUAAAAGCUAGCAAUAGCAGGCACUUACUGUUUGCAACCCUUAUUGAAUCCUUAUGUCAAUUCAUGUGCAUAGAAAAACAGGGGUACUCUGAAUUAGCCAGGCCCUUGAGGCAACAGAACAACCAUCACCAUCAGAUUUAGUAUUUUUUUAAAAAUGUAGGAACAUCUAAAAAACAAAGGUUGCACCCUUCCUUAAGUCAUCUGCUUAUAUUCAUCUUGGUUGCUGCAAUGGUAGGGAAUUGUGACAAAAACAUAUCUCUUCUUUUGUUUUCUUCUCAAGAUGUUAUUUUUCUAGAUUCUGAUUAUUAAAUAUAUUAAAUUA